GCUGGAGUCCGCUGAGCCUUAUAAAUGGCUCGGGCGUCAGAAGUUCGCGGCCAGCGGUGCUGAAGCCCGCGAGAGAGGACGAUGCGCAAGCAGUCCACCGGCGAAGCCCUGACCUGGGGCUAUAGCAAGGAAAAUGGACCUGAUACCUGGCAUACAUCUUACCCAUUAGCCAAAGGGAACAACCAGUCACCUGUUGCAAUUCUUAGCAAAGAUGCCUUCAAAGACCCUGCUCUUUUGCCUUGGUUUACCGGCUACGAUCCAGGUGCAGCUAAGAACAUAAGAAACACCGGGAAAACAUUGCGGAUUACAUUUGAUGAUACUUUUGAUCGUUCAGAUUCAUUUGGUACAUUGGAAUUCCUUCUAUAGUAAUUAUGCUGAUGCUUUGAGAAAAACUGAUGGUGUGGCUAUUAUAGCCAUUCUAAUG